AUGGCACAGUGGGCUCGAUUGUGGGAGUUGCCGAUGGAGGCACCCCCUUCAUGGAGUAAAGAAAUCGUUUUUACUGCCCUUGCUGUUGGCGCCCGUGUUUGUCCUGUCAUUGGUCAAGAUGGCCUGCGUCUUGCAGCGUAUUGGGCCCAUCACUUUUCAGAAGCUAUAGAAAUACCCAUCAAUGCAAUGAGAGAACCGUCUCUCCAACUUGUCCAUCUCCUCUUAUUGAAGGCUAUGUAUGCGCUACAUGAACACCGGUUCAAUGAUACAUUCUUUUACGUGGGCUGCGCUUCUCGUACCUGCAUCGCCUUGGGAUUGAAUAGAGCUGCAGUCAUUGCGGGCCCUGGAAUAAAGAAAGAGCAGUUCAGGCUCGCUUUCUGGAUGACUUAUAUCAUGGAAAGAACUUCAGCGUUGAUUGUCGGUCGACCAUCAAGUCUUCGAGACGAAGAUAUUGACACCCCAUACCCCGAAGGUUCUCGUGCAAGUAGCAGUUCAACCUAUAUUGAGGAUAUACCGCCCUGUGGACGCAUCACAGACUGGAGCUUUGUUGGAAUAAUGGCGAAGCUGGGCCACGUUUCUGACUGUGUCAUGUCAGGCAUAUACUCAGUCCAGAAGGUUUCCGACGCCAGAGACCUCCUCAUGGAAACCAACAUUCACGGCUGCGAGUUGGCCCUUGAGAACAUCAAGAACAACUUGCCAGCUUAUCUCGAUUUUCAAAAACUCGAGGCACCGGUUGGGACCGAUUGGCAAGAGCUUCAGCGGCUUCAUAUUGGAAUGGUACACCAGUUUAUGAGAAUGCUCGUUCAUCGGCCAGCAUUAAUUUUCACGACGUAUUUUUCGUCUAUAUCGGAGGCUCAAUCAAACAUACCGGGGAGCAUCCAACUACAAUCCUCUAUUGAUAUCUCGAGAAAAUCAGCCAAGGGUAUCAUAACCCUUGCGCACGAAAGCCUAUCUACACGUCAGCCUGACGCUCGCUCGGAUGGAUCGCUUGCCAUUUACAUCAUCGCCGCCUGUAUCACUCUGCUGUACGAAGUCCUCGACCCGGCUACAACACCUCUCCAUGCCAAGGACACUUUCUCGUCCGUGGAACAAGCUAUCCAAUGCCUGGAUGGCAUGAAGCACUUCGCCCCAACAACCGGCAAGACACUUAGCAGCGACAUUAUGCAAAUGGCUAAGAACGUCCUCUUCUGCUCUACGGGUUUCGGUGCUACUGAUGCAUGCGACGAGUUCACGGCUGAGUUUCCUUGGCUCCGUCCGCACCAGAAUCAAACAGGGGUCCCUGCAAGCGAGCAAGACUCAAUCGUCCAGAAUAUUCGGACCUGGUCCUUUUUGCCACCUGUGGCAGAUGGUGAUGCUUUUCUUGGAAAUUUUGGAAGCCACAUUCUUUGA